AUGACUGCAAAUAACGACCCGUACAAUUUUGACUUCGGCGCUCCUGUCUCUACGAUGCCGUUUGAACCUCUGAUAGCGCCAUUUAUGCCCGGUUCCAACGGAUUCGUUGAGUUGGACCCUAUGCUUUUGGAGAUGCUUCCUACUGCAACAAACCAUAAUGUGCCGGAGUUGUCUCCAGGGCUCCUGCAAGGAUUACACGACAGGUACUUUGAUCUGUUCCAUUCCAUUAUGCCGUUGAUCUGUCGAUCUCGCUUUGAGGCUGAGAUAUCCGAGAUGUCACCGUCAAUCGAGGUUCAAAGCCUCUCAUUCGCCAUUGCAGUACUGGGAUCUUUCUCAGUGCCCGAGCUCCGCUGUCACGUCGACAGAUGCUACGAGCAAUGCCGGACCCUCCUGGACCUGUGUGAAAGACAGGACACGGGUGAAUCCCUGGCGAGCAUCAAUACUCUUCAAGCACUCGCCUUGUUGACACUCUACGAAUUCAAGCAGCCAAACUUUGCUCGGGCCUGGAUGACGCUCGGGCGGGCUAUCAGGCUCGCUAAGAUGAUAGGCCUUGACCAGGUCGACAGUCCCCCGAAUGCGGCUAUGACUGCACCAUGGGACCAGCGGCCGCGACUUCCACCGGCCUCUUGCGCUGUCAUUGCGGAAGAGCGGCGUCGAACCUUCUGGGUCCUCUAUGUAUUCGAUUCCUUAUCAACCACCCACCUGCACGCACAGUCGGCCUUGGAAAUGCCGGCGUUUAUCCGUCUCCCAUCUCCAAGCGAAUCUCUCGACGAAUUGACGAAUUCUACCAGGGCCAUGCCAUCAAUGCAGCAGAUCGAAGCUGGGAUCUCUGCUGAGGUGUCCGUGUCAUCCUUUGCUGGCACACUCAUCAUGGUAUCCCUGUACCGACGAUGUAUCGACCACACCAUGUCACAGGUGAAUCAUCCCCAUGACUUCUGGGAGACGCAUUACUCGAUUGACAAAGCCAUCAAUUACUACCGAGGGAAUUUACUUUCCCACCACGUCAACGACGACUUUUCUGACGACCCACGAUCUCUGUCGCUGCGCAUGAACCUUGCGGCGGUCGAAAUCACUCUGCACGAGACGGCCCUGGUCAAGGUUCAGAAAGACAAGCUGCCUGCUGUCCUCGCGACCGAGGCAAUCACAAGAUGCGUAACCGCAGCCACCGACAUCGCUAUGACGGUCCAGCUAAGCCAACGGCUAACAGGCAAAAAGCUGGAAAUAUUUAAACACCAUGACCGCUUCCUUGUGUGGCCAAUGUCUAUGGCCAUCCAGACCUGUUCGCGGAUGCUGGACAUGAGGGGAAAUGUCGACGUGGAUUCCUGCAUUGACAACCUACGUGUGCUCGCCGCCGCCAUGAAGGAGCUUGUCUGUCCGAAACACAUCCAUCCUGGACUUUUGGAAAAGAUAGAUGCCUGGGUGGCCGCGGCUGAAGGAGGCGCUGAUACCGAAUAG